CGCAGCAGUAGUCAUGUCGGGCGACGCAGAGAGCUCGGCGCAGGCCUUGGAGCGGUUCAUCACGGCGCAACUCGAGGGCCUGAGUCUGGUCGUGCCAUCCGACGAUGUCGAGAUGAUGGCCCGGUUCGUUGAGGAGGACGGCAUGGAGCGCGAGGAGAAGGUCGAGGGCGUGCGCGGCAUGCUUGAGGGUGUUGUCGAGGGCGGCGAGCUCCCAGCGACUGGCGUGGACGAGGCGCUCGACGGCAUCGUCGACGAGUUUGAGCGUCUCAAGGCAGCAGACGAGGCAGCGGCCGAGGCGGCGCGCGAGCGCACGCCGACCCCACCACCAGACACGGCGGCGGUGCUCGCGAGCAUGACGGAGGAGGAGCUCAAGGCGGCGCGCAAGGCUGCCCUACUGCGGCAGUACGCUUACGUCGAGGGCGGGCCGGAGGAAGACCCGCUCGCGCGGCCCGGCGGUGCGCCGCCCCGCGGAGCCGCCGCGCAGGAGUCGGAGGAGAAGAAGAAGGCCGAGGAGCGCCGCCGGCUGGUGGAGGAGGCGCUGCGGCUCGAUGGCAGGAAGAAGAAGUACAAGAAGCAGCAGACGAUCACCGACCCGCUCCAGUGGGAAAACCUCAACAAGGACAAGGUCAACGCCGCCAACCAGAUGGCGCGCGAGGCGGCCAAGAAGACGGCCAACGACAAGAAGGACCGCGACCGGCUCGCGCUGGAGAAGCAGCGCGCCGACCAGGCCAAGGCCAAGGCCGACAAGCAGAAGAAGGCGCAGAAGCAGGAGCGGAGGGCAUAG